UGCCAGCGCAAAUGCUAUUGUCCUUCUCCUCCUCGCACAGAACUCCUCCUCCAUCAUUCAGACAAUUCACAAAUCUCCAGCCCUGUUAUCCAAUGGAGAAAAAACUAGUACAAGUUUCAGAGCAAGAGGUUCGCAUAGAUUUUGCACUCAACUGCAAAUGCCGAGCUAACGUGCGCCUGACCUCCCUCUGCGCCACCGCCCCCGUAGCCUUCAAGGUCCAGACAUCUUCGCCUCACAAGUUCCUCGUCAAACCACCCACCGGUUUAAUCCCUCCGUUAUGCCACGUUACCGUCCAGGUCAUCCUCAAGGCUCAGGCCCAGCUUCCGCCCACCUUUCCUCGCUCGCCGUCAGACCGAUUCCUCAUCAGAACCGCCGAGUUCACCCGCGACUCCGAGUCCGAGUCAAUCAACCAGUGGUUCUCCUCCUGUUCCCGCGGCUCCACUCACGACCUCAAGCUCAAGGUUGCCUUCGUGGGCCCCUUUCUUCUGCGCCACGCUGUCACUUGCGGGGACUACGACGCCGCCCGGAAUAUAAUCAAGCGGCAGAGAACGAUUCUCGCCGAGUUUCCACCCGAAGAUGCUGAUUCGCUCCUUCGAGUUGCGACCGAGUUGGUGAACCCGGAGGACAUGAUUAACUUGCUACUCGAAGCUGGAUUGAGGAUCGACGCACGUGCAAGGUCCGAUCAAGUAAAUUACGAGGUGGAUUCCAAAUGGGCAUCCAACGGACACGAGGAGCCACACGUGGCAGCGGCGUGCGAUCGAUUGGAUUAUGGUAUUGGGUGCAGGGAUGGAGUAUGUGAUCACCGCCGUUCGAUCCAAGAUGCUGCUUGUUGUGAUAAGGAUAAGCUAGAAAUGGGAGAACUAGUAUUGAUGGCGGCAAGACGAGGAGAUUUGAAGCAAGUUGAAGUGCUGUUGCAAAAUGGCGCGGAUAUAAACUGCUGUGAUCAAUAUGGCUUGACAGCCCUGCACGCCUCAGCCAUUAAAGGCCACAAGGAUAUAGCUCUGAUGCUCAUCGAAUUUGGGUUGGAAUUGGAAUGCCGAGACAGCGAAGGGCAUGGGCCCUUGCAUUUGGCUGUUGUUGGCGGGAGCUUGGAGACCGUUGAGAUGUUGGUUCAGAAUGGGGCUAACGUCAAUGCCAAGAGCAACAGCGGCGCCACCCCUCUGUACAUGGCGACGGCGAUGGGGUAUGAUGAUAUCACCGAGUUUCUUAUUAGCAGAGGAGGUUAAAUAGUUAAUGGAGCAAAUGAUUGGCAAUUAACAUCUUAAUUAGAAAAUGGUUUGCAAUUUACAUUUAUUUAGCAUGCAUACUUGAAUUAGGACAUUUGUUCUAUAUAGUGAGUUCUACCGAAGCUUGACUCCCUAUAGAAUAAUUGGUAUAAAUAAAUGAAUAAAACAUUUCAUUAUCA